CCUUCCUGCACCCUCCGGAGAAGGAGGGGGACGACUGUUACAGAUGGCACAACAGAUGUGUGUCCGGUACUCGUGACUGGAGAGUGUUUUUUUUUUCUUUUUUUUUAUAUAAAAGUAAUAUUUUGAUGCCAGAAAAUGCGCUCGCCCUUACUGCGGAUUUCAACGCCAUCGUCCUGCUGCUCCACAGCUGGCCGCCCCACCCUGCCCAGCUGCCAUUGGGGCUCCCCCCCCCCCCCCCCCCCAGUCUUAUAGCUUGGCAGCCAUGGUGAUGGUGUCGGUGGUGGAUGCCUCCCCCGUCCCCCGUCCCCGCUUCCGCUCCCAGCUCAGCUUGGCAGCUGCUGCCCUCAGCUGUGCCCUCGCAGACGGUGCCGGGGUUACACAAAGUCACUCCUCCCGCGACUGUCUGAGGCCGUUCGGGGAGGACGAGGACGAGGACGAGGUGCCGAGGCAACUCGCUAUCAUUGACCGGCGACGUGUCCGCGAUGCGACGGCCCGCUCGCCUGAAGUCGUCCGGGAUCGGACGCAGUUCACGUUCAAAGCGAAAUGAGGAUUCCGUGUCCGGGUGACGUCUCCUGCAGCGCACCUGCCGCGAGUUCCAAUCCGCAGCUGUGGCGAAGGGGGACCAUGCAGUCCGUGCGCCGAACGGUCUGCAGGAAGAGGCGACGCCAGCCAGCCAGGCCCACUCUCCCACUUUCCGGGGCUCGGAGGAGCGCGAGUCCGGAUCCGAGGCAGGCUGACAAUGAUUUCCUCAGUGAUUACGUACAGAGCGAGUCCCUGCGGGGUAGGGGCCCCCUCUGGAGCCAUCCUGAUGGCUUUGGGGGCCUUGCUUCCAUUUUCCAUUAUUAUGUGGACUACCGGAGCGACAGCGCAGUCCAAGACCUUGCAGAAGACAAUGUGACAGAGGAGCAGCAGCAGCACAGUCCCGGGCACACUGCCAUUCCGAGCGAUCCAGAGUGCGCCCCCGAGAGGGCGUCGGAGGACGCGGAAAGCGGGCGUCUGAGGAAGAAGAGGCUGCUCUCUCCCGAGGAAGUCGAGGAGGGAGAGGAGGACGACGAAGAGCCGGCGCUGCACAGCUGCGACAGCUGCCGGCAGGUGUUCGAGUCGCUGAGCGAUCUCACCGAACACAAGAUUAAUCAAUGCCAGCUGACAGACGGGGCAGACAUCGAGGACGACCCGUCAUGUUCUUGGCCAGCAUCGUCCCCCUCCAGUAAGGACCAGACGUCACCGGGACACUGCGAAGACUAUGAUUUCGGCGAGGACGAAGGAGGACCGGGCCUGCCGUACCCGUGCCAGUUCUGCAACAAGUCCUUCAGCCGCCUGAGCUUCCUCAAGCGUCACGAGCAGAGCCACGGCGACAAGCUUCCCUUCAGCUGCACCUUCUGCAGCCGUCUGUUCAAGCACAAGCGGAGCCGCGAUCGGCACGUCAAGCUGCACACCGGCGACAAGAAGUACCACUGCGGCGAAUGCGACUCGGCCUUCUCCCGCAGCGACCACCUGAAGAUCCACAUGAAAACUCACGCCUCCAACAAACCCCACAAGUGCCCCGUGUGCCGCCGAGGCUUCCUCUCCUCCAGCUCGCUGCACGGCCACAUGCAAGUGCACGAGCGAGGCAAGGAGGGCGGCGCUUCCGGCCUCUGUCGAGUUGACGACUGGAAGCUGAAAGAGACGCGCAAGUGCACCCGUUGCGAGGAAGGCUUCGAUGUCCCGGAAGACCUGCAACGGCACAUUGCCGAGUGCCACCCGGAGUGCUCCCCGUCAGAGGACGGAGGGCUGGGUGCCACCCUUCAGUGCAUCUACUGCCACGAGCCCUUCGGCGACGAAAGCGCGCUGCUGACCCACAUCGACCAGGCCCACAGCCGGGACCGGAAGAGCCACUCCUGCGCUAUCUGCUCCGAGCACUUUUUGUCUGUUGAAGACCUCUGCGCUCACAUGGACAUCCACCAGCUCCCCGAAUCUAGUAACCACAGUAACAGCCCUUCUUUGCUGACUGUGGGCUACACUUCUGUCUCGAGCACCACUCCUGACUCCAACCUUUCCGUUGACAGCUCAACAAUGGUAGAAACCGCGCCGCCCGUCCCCAAGACUCGGGGCAGGAGGAAGAGGGCUGCUCACAACGCAUCGGACAUCGGGGGACGGGCUGCCAAACAGCCGAAGGUUUCUUACAGUUGCAUGUACUGCAACAAGCAAGUGUUCUCCAGUCUGGCUGUGCUUCAGAUUCACCUACGGACCAUGCAUCUGGACAAGCCGGAGCAGGCUCACACCUGCCAGUUUUGCUUGGAGGUCCUGCCCUCCAUAUUAAAUCUAAAUGAACAUCUGAAGCAGGUCCACAACGCCGAAGCCCUGCUGGCCGGCUUGCCCGACUCCCUCCUUCAAUGCAACUUCUGCCCCGAGAUACUGAGCGAUCUCAAUGCCCUGCAGGAGCACAUCCGCUGUUCCCACGGCUUCCCAAGUCCCGUCGCCAAGGAGAGCAACGCCUUCUUCUGCCCCCAAUGCUUCAUGGGCUUCUUGACCGAGACGACCUUGGACGAGCAUGUUCGUCAGACUCACUGCGACGGGGGUAGCCUGCGUUUCGACUCUCCUUUGGCUGUCACUCCCAAGGAGCCCAUCGUGGAGGUUUACUCCUGCUCGUACUGCACCAAUUCUCCCAUCUUCAACAGCGUACUGAAGCUCAACAAACACAUCAAGGAGAAUCAUAAGAACAUCCCCCUUGCACUCAACUACAUCAAUAAUGGAAAGAAGACGUUGCACGCUCUCAGCCCCUCGUCUCCAAUAACUAUAGAACAAGCGUCCAUGCUCAAGCAAGGUGGCUCCGCCGCACGCUCUUCCAGCGAGUUCAUAUGUAACCAGUGCGGGGCCAAGUAUACCAACUUAGAUCUCUUCCAGACUCACCUGAAGACUCACCUAGACGGCCUGCAACCUCAACUCACCUGCCCGCAGUGCAACAAAGAGUUCCCCAACCAGGAGUCCCUUCUGAAGCACGUCACCAUUCACUUCACAAUCACCUCCACGUAUUACAUCUGCGAGAGUUGCGACAAGCAGUUCACAUCUGUGGAUGACCUGCAGAAGCACCUGCUGGACAUGCACACCUUCGUUUUUUUCCGUUGCACUCUGUGUCAGGAGGUUUUUGACUCAAAGGUUUCCACCCAACUCCACUUAGCUGUGAAGCACAGCAAUGAGAAGAAGGUGUACCGCUGCACCUCCUGCAACUGGGACUUCAGGCACGAAACAGAUCUGCAGUUACACGUCAAACACAGCCACCUGGAAAACCAAGGCCGUGCCCAUCGUUGCAUCUUCUGCGGGGAGUCGUUUGGGACCGAGGUGGAGCUGCAGUGUCACAUCACCACCCACAGCAAGAAGUACAACUGCCGCUUCUGCAGCAAGGCCUUCCACGCGAUCGUGCUGUUGGAGAAACAUUUGCGGGAGAAGCAUUGCGUCUUCGAGGGAAAAGCGCAGAACUGCGGCGCUAACGGCUCGGUGUUAAGCGGGACAGAUGGCCAUCCAAAAGAUGAAGCGGAGUUGCAGGGUCUUCUGACCAACAGCCACGGUACGGGCACCGCGGGAGGAUCUGCAGUGGAGUCCCAGAACAGCCACGACGGAAGCGAGGAGGAGGUGGAAACUGCAGAGCCCAUGUAUAGCUGCGACAUCUGUGGGGCCUCCUACACAAUGGAGUCGCUCCUCACCAACCACCAGCUGCGGGACCACAACAUUCGCCCCGGUGAGAGCGCCAUGAUGAAACGGAAAGCUGAAAUGAUCAAAGGAAACCACAAGUGCAAUGUGUGCUCUCGCACCUUCUUCUCUGAGGCCGGUCUGAGGGAGCAUAUGCAGACCCACCUCGGGCCCGUCAAGCACUACAUGUGUCCCAUCUGCGGUGAGCGCUUCCCCUCUUUGCUCACCCUGACGGAACACAAGGUCACCCACAGCAAAAGUCUCGACACGGGCAGCUGCCGCAUCUGUAAGAUGCCUCUGCAUAGUGAGGAAGACUUCCUGGAGCAUUGUCAGAUGCACCCCGACUUGAGGAACUCUCUGACGGGUUUCCGGUGUGUGGUGUGCAUGCAGACAGUCACCUCCACGUUGGAGCUCAAGAUCCACGGGACCUUCCACAUGCAAAAAACGGGGACCAUGUCCGCAAACCAAUCCACCGGGCGCGGCAACGCUAUCUCUCACAACCAGCAGCUACAUAACGUCCAAAAACCGUUCAAGUGCGCGUCUUGCCUGAAAGAUUUCCGUUCAAAGCAGGAUCUGGUCAAGCUGGACAUCAACGGCCUGCCUUACGGACUCUGUGCAUCUUGCGUGGCCAGCGCCGGUUCCAAGAGCUCCAGCCCGAUGAUGAACGGAGGCCGACAACAGCAGCACCAGGGAGGCGCCCCCACUCCAGCGCCCAACGCUCCUCAGUGGAUCCAAGGAGAGAGUCUCAGCCCCGGCGAGGGGAAAAGCAAAACCGCCUCCUCCUCGUCCUCGUCCUCGUCGACAUCCUCAACUGCGGCCACGAAGACACGGUGCUCGACCUGCAACGUGAAGUUCGAGUCCGAGGCAGAAUUGCAAAAUCACGUCCAGACGGUGCACGCGGGGGACAGCGGCAGCGGACAGCUAAAGACGCCUCAGAUGUCUCCCAUGCCCAGAUCCAGUCCAUCGCAAACUGAGGAGAAGAAGACGUACCAGUGCAUCAAAUGUCAGAUGGUGUUCUACAGUGAGUGGGACAUCCAAGUUCAUGUCGCCAACCACAUGCUCGAAGUUGGCUGGCGUAGGCUCCAGCAUUCCCGCGACCCUUGUGAGAAUAAGCGGCAUGGAAAACAGAUGGAUGCAACCGCAAAGAGGCCGUAUUGUAUUCUGAGCUGGGCAACCUCAGAAGAGGGCUUGAACCACGAAUGCAAACUGUGCAGUCAGUCGUUCGACUCGCCGGCCAAGCUUCAGUGCCAUCUGAUCGAGCACAGCUUCGAGGGGAUGGGCGGAACCUUCAAGUGUCCUGUCUGCUUCACAGUUUUCGUGCAGGCCAACAAGCUUCAGCAGCACAUCUUCUCGGCUCACGGGCAGGAGGAUAAAAUCUACGACUGCUCGCAGUGUCCUCAGAAGUUCUUCUUCCAGACGGAGUUGCAGAACCACACGUUGACUCAGCACAGCAGCUAACGCGGCCCAGAUGACCGCCGACGACGACAGAGCGGACGACGUGACGCGGCGAACGCCGCCCGAGCGCCAAUUAAAGCCAGCGCGCCGUCCCGCUCGCUCUCUCGCUUUAGGGAUUCGGCGGCGUGGAGGCCGAGCGACGCCGCCGCGUGCAAGAGAAAGGGGGGAAAAAAAAAACACACACAAAGAAAGAAAGGAAAUCAAAACGUGAGCAAAAUGACACUGCCCGUCGUUUGCGGAAUUUAAAAAAAAAACGUGCUUGUACAUAGACUUCUUCAUGUGUUGCUUAACUACAGCUAUAUUGCAAUCUUAUACAGUAUUUGCCAUUGUACAGUUUUAACGUUUGUCUGUAAAAAAAAAAAAUCAAUCAGCUUGAUUUUGGACUCAAAAAUGAGGAAAAAAAAAAAAAGGCUCAGCGGCGUGCCGUCCCGGGUCAA